UGGUCUUUAAAUUAUAAAACCAAUAAAAUAGUUUUAUAUUUAUGAGUGUCUCACACGGUAUUAGUGUCAAUCUAUCCAGCUAUACUAUUUGUCCAUAUCCAGUAAUGGACCAUAUCAUGCUCAUACCACAUUGUUCAUAUUGUCCAGCGUGUAUUCAACUAUUUCUGGUUUUCUCAAACUCGAGAAAGGGAAAAGAAAACGUUUGUAUCAGUAUGUCUUUGCUUUUCUACUUUUCGUCCGUUACACUCAUUUAUUUUCAUUAUUUACCAUUGUGCUAUAUAGUUCUGUAUUGAUUAAUAUGAUUAGAUUAAUAUUUAUAAAAUGGUGGAACUUGUCAAAAUCCUUAAAAUGUGCCUAUUUAAUACAUUUUCAUAAAUGUUAACAAACAUUCCAAGAUCUUACUUCACUUGUGCCAUGUAUCAAGGCAAAAAAAUUUACAAGUUCUCCACGUCAUGUGGCAAGCUUCUACUAUAUAAGAACACUAGAGACCUCUGCCAUUAUUCGAGAAAAAAAUAAACAGUUUCCACAGCAAGAAUGAAUAGCAGAGCAAUCUUUCUUCUUCUCCUUCUCCUCUCUUUCCACGCAUCUGCGAUGUUGCCUGCUGGUAGAUGGAGUCCCAUCAGCAACGUUAAGGAUCCUCAUGUCGUAGAGGUAGGCAAAUUUGCUGUUUCCGAGUACGACAAGGAAAGUAAGUCGGAACUUAAAUUCGUUGCGGUUGUUAGCGGUGAGUCUAAGGUAGUCGCUGGCACUAAUUACCGGCUUAUUGUGGCGGUUAAUGACGGUGUAGCCGGCCCAUGUGCGAGCAAGAACUAUGAGGCGAUUGUAUGGGAGAAACAAUGGUUAAAAUCAAUGAAUCUCACAUCCUUCAAGCCCGUCGUUUGAUGGUCAUGUCCUCUUUGUUUUCCAUGUAAUCGAUAUCAUGAAACAGCAAACAAAAAAGAUUGAAUAAACAAAAAAGAAGUGAAUGUCAGUUUUAUGUGUUGUCCGGUUUUAAUGUUUCAUGUUGUUGGGGGGUGAAGAAAGAGUCUGAAUGUCUGAUGCACAUGAAGAAAUGAUAGUAUAACUGAUUGAACAA